CCUUUUCGUUCCCGAGCGCGUGCGUCUGGUGACAUUACCACAUGACUGAUUAAAACUUGAAAAUAUUUCCGAAGCUACACAUUUGUAAGUAUUAAUAAAUUUACUGAUCAAACAAGCUAUUUUUAUCCAACAUUUCUAUAUACUUUUCAUAUUUAUAGGAUUUAAGAAUACAUAGUUAUAUCCAUAUUUUAAUUAGCUUGUUGACGUGCUCAGCUUCUUUUUUUUAAUUAACAUUUUCUGUUCUAAAUUAUUUAAUAAAUGUUAAAAUAAAGUGUUAUAAUUCAUUUAUAAAUACUAAUUUGGUAUUUUCCAUUAUGUAGGUUUCGUUGGAAUACAAUCAGAAGAUAUUAAAUAUACGGUAAAUCGUUAUUUUAGUAAGUCAAGUUGGACAACGUGGUUACAUUGUUAAUAGGCUUAAUUUAUUUCGUUGUUUUUUUCAUUACUUCGAAAGCUAUUAAAAUUACUUUUAUUAAGGCAGAUUAUUCUUUGAGCGGUUGAUGAGAAAGUGUCCUAUUUGCUUUAUUUUCAAAGAGAUACGAGAUAUGAAAGAUGAGUAGGGGAAGAAGUUUGUCGACUGGAGACCUAACAAGUCUUCUAAAGCAGGAAAAUUGUAAACGUUGCUUUUAUCGAAAGACUUGUGAGAAAGGCGUUCAAACAGACGAUAUAGAAUGUAUAGACAAAACUGAAGGUGAAAACAAGCUGAGUGCGGAGGCAGUGGAUCUUCCUGAAAUUUCAAUUACUAUCUCUGAACUUGUUUCUGAACCUAUCAGUAAACCUGAGUGGGAUGAAGAAAUUCUUAAUGAAUCAAAAGAAUCUGCCAUUGUCAUAGUUUGUCAAGAUGACCAAGAAGCGAAAGAAACUGAUCUCGAUACAAAUGAUAUUGAGGACGAUAGUUUAUUGGCCGAUGAAAAAACAACAUUCGUUAUGAACAAGACUGAGGAAACACAUACCUCUAAUCAAUCUAGUAAUAUGGACAACAAUGGCUCUGACAGUAAUGAUAUGGAUGAUAGUCUAUUGACUGUUGAUCAAACAGAAUUUGAUAUGAAUAUGAAAUCUUUUCCCAGCAAGACUGAGGAAGAGCAUGCCACUGAUCAAUUUAAUAAAGUGGUUAGUGAAUGCAUUGAAAAGCCGGAGGAUAAAAUACAAAACUCUAAAACAUCAAGUGAACACCAAACGUCCGAAAGAAUUGAAGAAUAUGAAUACUCGGACAUUAAGGCUUCUCUAAUACUGCCAGAUUCGCUGGACCCGUUGUAUGAAAAUGUAAAAAAUUUAAAAAUAAACGCAAGCACGAGACUGAUAAAAGAUUUAAUUGGAUUCCCAAUAUUAGACACACAGAUUAAUGAUAAAAAUGAGGAAAAUUCUGAGAAAACCAAAGUACGUCAAGGAGAAUUAGAGAAGACAACUACAGAGUAUGAUAAAGAAAAAAUAUAUGGUCAAAACAAUACACAGGAUUCGUUGAACAAGAGGCCAGGAAUUCUACGUAAAAUUAAGAACACUCAGGAAGAUAAUGAAAUUCAGAUCCAGGCUAAGGCCAAACCGAAGAAAAAAGUUGUAUUCAUAGGCAUUCCCGAUGAAACUGAAGACGAGACGAACGACGAGACAACUCACAGAACCACAAAUUCCUUUCUUGACUUGAAGAAUUUCGAGGUUCAAUGUGAGGAUAGUAAGAUAAUGGAAAGUGACAUAAGAGAUUUUUGCAAAGAUUUCGAUUAUUGUUCAGAAGCUCCAACAAAAAUAUCUACUAAACUCACACAGAACUUCACUGAUGUCGAAAGUACAAUGGAAGCCUGGAUAACUUCAUUCUAUCAUAAGUUUUUAAACAAGUUGAAAAAUGACCGAAUCCUGACUGAUGGCUACAUAAAUCUCAAUAUCAGAUUUGAUGAUCAAUCGGAAUUGAUGGUUAGGGUACAUAAGAAUGAGGUAAUAGGGAAACUACGACAAAUGAUGGAAAGAAGGAGUUUUAAAAAAACAAUAGGAUGUCAGUUUUUCUUUGAAGGAAAAAGACUUGAUGAAUCACAUCAAAUCGUAUCAGUUCCAAAUUUGGCUAAUGGUAGUGUUUUGAAUCUCUCUCUUAGUAAUUUUGAUCAUUAUUCGAUGAGGAAAUAUUUGAAGGACUUUUGGAAGAUGUUGAACUCACAAGAAAGUAUAGAAGCAUAUUUGGGUGUUAACGGUCGCUCCCUCUGCUUUGUUCAUGUUGUUUUGAAUUCAGAUCAAAAUAUUUUUAGACCAAUACCCUUUUUUAUACCUUUGCCAGUUAAAGAGGGGCAUAAACUAUCUAUGUUUCAUCCAAAUCAAACUAACAAAGGAAAUUACAAGUUUUUUAUGUCUCCGUGCUUAAAGAAAUUUUGUCUCAGUGGGUGGAAUCCUCCUCCAAUAUCCCGAAAGAAUAAAGGGGAUUUGUUUUAUUUAUCUAUAGAAACUUUAGAAGAUCGAAAAACACAGAUAACUUGUUGUACAAGAGGCUUUUAUAUAAAUCAGUCAACUGAUACUGAAUUUAAUCCGGCGCCUGAAACUCCUUCUUUAAUGAGCAAUAACCUAAUUGAAACUCUCUCAUUCCUAAGUCCGGGAUUUAAGCAAUGUUAUAGUGUUAAAGAAGAAUAUUACGGAAAGAGACAUUUAUUUGAAUUUCACUCUUCUCCUCAACAAGUGUACUCUUGGCUGUCGCCAAAGCUUCCAAUUGAUCAUCGGCACGACUUCUCAAUGUGGGAUUUUCCCACUGGUCAUGAAGUUAUAGACCAUACCAUUAAUUCUCAGAUACAAUCCAUUCUUGAUAAGAAGGUUUCUAAACUCCAUGAAGAAAUUCAAAAGGAAAAAGAUUUAUAUGACCUUCAAAUGAAAUUUAGCUCUGCAGCAACAAAGAUAUUUUCUUCUCUUAUUGACGAUCGUGAAGGGCGGGUGGUGGAAGGAAAAGAUGGAGAAAUUAUCAUUCUCAACGGUUUAAGGAUUAAAAUUGUUAAGAAUGAUAACUCAUACGCAGCUGCUAAUGCUGAUGUUCGAAAUACUCGACGAGCAGGGAGAGCAAAAGCAGAAAAAUUACGUUUUCUAACGAAAAUUCUUAUUGAUUAUAAGGGAUUUCGUGCCAUAAUUGAACCGGUAAUUCACAAAAAACCGGAAUCGUAUAAAAAUAACUUGUGUUUCGGAUCAGUGGAUUUUGGAGAUAAUGUUGUGAACUGUACCGAUGCUGAUAUUUUGACGGACAUCCGACAGCUUUGUAGAUGUAUGGGUAAUAAAUCACAGGAAAUUGUUGACUGUCACCGCAAAACUCAUUCUAUCCAAUUAUCCAUAAAUACGAUUGUGACGAAAGGCGACGAUAAUCGUAGUUAUAUGGCCGAUAUGACGACAUUUUUUCCUCCUGAUCCUAAUUUUCUACUUAAUCUUCCUUCUAUUUUAAUAAGUCCGAAAAUGAAAGAGGAAAAUUUUCCACGUGCUGCAAGGCAUCAACACACUUACUUUCGAGAAUACUUUUGGAAAAUUUUUCGACGAACCCGUUUCCAGAUCUAUUUGAAAAAACUAGAUAAUUUUGUUAAUCCGUUGUGUUCUAAAAUUAUUCUGGAAGAUGUGAAAAAAAAUGCAUUACAUUUUGAGGAAGGAAAUGAACAUGAAAUUGAAAGGCUCGAUUCAUUCCUUGAACGUGCUCAGAAACUGGUCGGAGACGAAAUAAACUUUAAGGAAGAGUGGGAAAAACAUUGCCUGAUUAUGCAGUGUGAAGGAUCCAGCGAAAAUCGAACUUUUUUCUGCUCUGGUAACCCUAACGCUUUUAAUCGUGACCUUAGGAUACCAUUAAUGAAACAGAGGGAAUUUCAUCGAGACCAAUUUAUUCUGGCCAAAGCUGCAGAUUUCAUGCUCACAACUCAUAUUUCCGACUUUAUUGAAAGUCAUGUCAACGAUUAUUCAAUAAUAGAUGGAUUCUCACUUACUUCAAAGCUACAUACCUUUGGAAUAAAUAUUCGAUAUAUGGGAAAUAUUACAAAGCGACUGCCAGAUGGCCACUUCCUUAUUCCUAUUUUUAUAUUAGAGAUGAUAAAUAGAGCCGCUAAGCAUAUAUUUAGACGAUUUAUUACAAAUGUUGAAUUACAUCACAAGGCAGCUGCAACAUCCCAUUUCUUAAAUUGCUAUUUAAGCCAUCAAACGGAUUCAAAGAAAAGUUUGCUAGAAUUCGACUGCUUGAGUAUGAGAAAGGUGAAAAGAAGACGGUCACAUAGUAGUACACGAGUGAGCUUCACUGAGAAUCUUGAAUGGACGAAUGCGACAAGACAAUCGCUUUUGGCAGAAAUAAAAGAGGAUAUGGUGAAAAGCUUUCAAUUUGUUAUACCCGUUGAGUGUCAGGAUAUUGCAAAGCUUAUAGAGAUUCACGCUUUGAAGAAGGUUUGCUUUCUCCGAGCCUUUUGUAAAACAAAUGGUGUUCAAGUUCAUCAGAGAGAUUAUGAAUUUGAAAGUGAAAAUAAGAUUUUCUCUCCUGAAGAUAUUUUGAUGUUUUAUCCCUUAGUCAAAAUUUCAUCAACAAAGUCUAACUACGCCGAUUGUCUGGUUGGUCUCUGCCGUAAGGAGCUAGGCGCAAGAAAUUGGAAUUUGGCUCAUCAUUAUAUCAAAUAUGCUAUACUCAUUAACAAGGAAAUAUACGGUCCAAUCCACAUCGAUUUGUCCAUAUGCUAUCGAAUUCUUGCGAUGAUAUGUUUUUUAACUGAAAACUUUCAUCAAGCCAUUAUAUCUCAAAGAGAUGCUCUGAUGCUCAUCGAAAAAGUUAAAGCUCACGAUGAUCCAACACUGGCCCAGGAGUUUCAGUUGGCUGGCGUUUUUCAUUUUGCUCAAAAUAUGUUUGAAGAGUCUAUGCAUUCCCUGUUCAGAGCUCGUCAAAUUUUCUAUUUGUCAUCACCGUCCUUGAGACCUCAUCCAAUGAUUGGAAAGAUAGAUUUUUGUUUGGGCGUAAUCUUUUUACAAGUUGGUGAUAUUAAACGUGCUCUUUUACACUUACGAACGUCCGUUAGAAAUCUUCAAAAUUGUGGAAAGAACACAACUAGUAAAUCAUUGAUAUGUCAGCAAAUGAUUGCCUAUUGCUAUUUACUAUCGUUGGAUUAUGAAAAUUGUAAAAUAGAACAAGAAAGAUUGAACAAGCUAUUGAGGGAAACCGAGUCGUUUCAUGCUUGGCCAGUCUUUGAAAUUGAAAAUUGCGUUAAUGACCUCCAAAAGGAACAGAAAAGGCGACUGGAAGUUAGGGGAAACCCCAAUAUGGCUUUUACUGAAAUAUUGGAAAUCACCUCGGGUCGGCUACGGUUGGAUCGAGUGUAUAUGUUAAACUUGAUUGCGUUCGUAAGUGACAUUGAAAGACGUGAAGCAACGCCUCUACCAAGAUUUCCGGAAAAACUUAAUCUAGAAGAAUGGCCGCUGAAAAGUAUGUACUUUACAGAAAGAAGAGGUCCAUAA